CAGGCAUCCUUCUUCCUUAUCAGUAGAGCGUGAAUCAAUCUAUAAUGGCGGAAGAGCAAAACGUGGUUGCCUCUAUAACUCUUCGCUACUCAUACCUCAAAAAACUUGUCUUUCCAAAAGCGGUAAUGCAGACACUUCGUCAUCUUUUGCCCGCGACCUUACAGGAAGAAAGUCGACAUGCUGGUGCGACAUUGAAGAGUGGAAAUCGCGAGUUCCCAGUCACCUUCUCACUCGGACGAACUCAGGAUCGCCUCGUUCUCCUGGAAACUGGCUGGAAAUACGUUGUUGACCAGCUUGGUUUGAAGGAAGGUGACGGCGUGACCAUUUCUUUGGACGACAGAGCAAAUUCCACUUAUUUGAUUGAGAGGCCUCAGGCGGAAGAGGCCGAUGUCUACCAAGGAGGUGAUGAAGGAGAGGAUGCUCAUGCAACAGUUGUGAAAUUUGACCUGAAUAAACCACCGGUCGAAUCUGAUGAAGAGUAGAUAAAUUAAAGUAAUUAAGUGCGU